GCUGUGCCCCUGGCCUUACAGACCGGGCGACGUUCGGAUCGCUGCAGACGGAGGAGUGGGGGCAAUUCAUGCACAUCUGCGACGUGAUCAACGCCACGGAAGAGGGGCCUAAGGAUGCAGUCAAAGCGUUAAAGAAAAAGCUUUCAAAAAACUGUAACCAUAAGGAGAUCAGGCUCACCCUGUCUCUGCUAGACAUGUGUAUGCAGAACUGUGGUCCAAGGUUCCAGUCUUUAGCUGUGAAGAAGGACUUCUGCAAGGACAAGCUGGUGAAACUGCUGAAUCCCAGAUACAACCUGCCCAUCGAAUUGCAGGAGAAAAUCCUGACCUUCAUCAUGGUAUGGGCCCGAGGGUUCCAAGGAAUGGUGGAUGUGACCGAAGUAAAAGAGGUUUAUCUGGAACUGCUGAAGAAAGGAGUGGAGUUUCCAUCUUCUGAUACCAGCAAAGGAAGGCCUAAGCAAUCCCCAUCUUCUGCAAAGUCAUCACCAUCUUCUGCUAAUCCCCCAAAACGUUCUUUGAUGCCUCUUCCCACUGGCCCAACGUUGCUGUUGACACCUGAACAGAUUGGGAAACUGUACAGUGAGCUGGAUAUGGCGAAAAUGAAUGUGAGAGUCAUGUCAUCAAUAUUAAAAGAAAAUGUUCCUGGCUCUGAAAAUCCGGAUGAUAUGAAUCUUUUACAGAAGCUGUACAAGACGUGUCGGAUGAUGCAGGAACGGAUCAUGGAGCUGUUGGUAGCAGUGGAGAAUGAAGAUGUGAUAAUAGAGUUAAUACAAGUAAAUGAAGAUCUGAAUAAUGUUCUCCUGGGACAUGAAAGGUUCUCUCGAAACAGAGUUCGAUUUUUGGAGAACCAGAGAAUACAGCGUGAACGUGAAGAGCUGUACAGGAAACAGCCAUCUGCUCCCUCCAGUGAUCUCCUUGACUUCUCUACAGAUUCUCCAUCUCCUGUGGCUGCAGUGCUGGGGACUGACCCUGCAGCAUCUCAGUUUCCAAGUCCUAAUUCCAUAUCUGCACACCCUGAAGAUACAAAAAGGCUCCAUCCAUCCAUUUACCCUCAGCUAGAUUUAGCAGCUGCUGCAAAAGUUCAGCAGUUCCCAUUUGCAACUGAAGCACAAAACAAUAGUGUAAGCACCCCAGCUGGACAUACGUAUAGCAACCUGGCAACUCUUUUAAGCCCAGUGCCUCUGAAUCCAGUAAAUCUGCAGGUUGGACAUACUUCAUCAUCAAAUGGAUUGUCACCAGCAGCUGCAUCGAAGAACAAGUUGCAGUCACCUCAUUACUACGAGAUAAUGGAAUUUGAUCCUUUGGCUCCUACAGAAGCAAUUUAUGAAGAAAUUGAUGCUGCUUUGCUGAAGCCAGAAGCUGAAAAGCACACAGAAUGCUGAAGGUGGAGAUCUGAAUAUAAAAGUUAUUCUGGUGCUGCUCCUGGGCACUGCUUCGUGUAACAUGUGAACAAAGAGCAAUGGGAAGCGGACAAGUACUUGGAUCCACACCUUGAGAAUUCAUCUUAAAUGUUCAACUGUGUAUUAUUCCAUGUGACUUACAUGAUUGCUAUUUUUUUAAGUAUUGUGGCCUUCAAAAAAUAAUUUCCGAAGUCACCUGUGGUAUGAAGUAGCACGUGACAUCAAAACCAAGUAAAUUAAAAGCACUCUCACAACUAUAGAAGAAAGCUUUUCUUCCACCUUUAAUCUGUUCUUUCAUACUAUAUAAUCCUAUUUCUGUUUUGGCCAUGUUGAUGUCUGUGAAAUUCUC